CCACUGAAUUUCAAUUAGUUAAAAUUGUUCAUCAUCACCAAAACAACUCGAGAAACUAAGAAAAAGAAAAAAAAAAAGAAGCAGUAUUCAAUUCAAUAUAAUCAUACCUGUUUAGAGAAAGAAAAUGUCAAGCUGCAGCAUGGCAUCUGCUGCUACUGGAUUCGUGGUGGCACCAAAUGUAACCUCCAACACAACCAUGGCCAAGUGCACCAUGGUUAAGUUUUCAUCCAACUCCAAGAACACCAAGUCUUCCAGACUGGUGGUUGUAAAGGCUGCCGAGGAGGCGGCGUCGGCGGCACCACCGGCUGCCACCACUGAAGCUGCACCAAAGCCACCUCCGAUUGGUCCCAAGAGAGGGGCCAAGGUGAGAAUUCUCCGGAAGGAGUCCUACUGGUUUAAAGGUGUAGGCUCAGUUGUGACCGUUGAUCAGGAUCCAAAGAGUCGCUAUCCAGUUGUUGUGAGGUUCAACAAAGUCAAUUAUGCAAAUGUUUCCACAAACAACUAUGCAUUGGAUGAGAUCACGGAAGUUUAGAUGAGCUUCUUGUGCAUGUGUCAUUCUACAAUUCCUUUUAUUUCAGUCUUUUUUUGCCAAUGAAUUUGUAAAAAUAGUUUCUCAGUUCCUCGAGUGCCUAAAUUUGAUCAAAUAUAUUGUUUGCUA